AUGCGAUAUCAUCGUGGAUCGCUGUACAAACGAUUCCCUCAAUUAUGGAAACGCAUGGCGACCAUUGAUGAGAAGCGAAAAAUGCAAGAAAUGGCCUGCCCAUCAUCUUUUCUGAACACGAACAUUAUGCUUGUCAGAGCUAGCGAGGUAGAUGACAUUUUGAUGGGUCGUGAAGAGAAAUAUCGCGCUGGCGGAAGUAGCGCAACUCCGACAAGUAGUGUCUCCUCCUCACUGAGCAGUGCUGUUGCUCUGAAUGGUACACCGAUGAAAACAACACGAUCCGGCACUGGGCCAUGGCUCGGACAACAGGUACCGCUUCGAUUUCACGUGCCUUGUUCAACUCCAGUGGCGCAUGCUCGUGGUCAUAUGAAAUGUCGUGAAUUCACAUGUUUGCCGGAUGAUGUGGAAUCGUACAAACGGGUACUGGAAAAUGCUGAUCAGCCGGAGGAGCUCAUACCAAUAAGAUUGGAUAUGGAACUGGAAGGUAUAAAACUGCGUGAUACGUUCUGCUAUAAUCGUAACGAGAAGCAGAUUACGCCGGAGAUUUUGGCCGAAACAAUGUGCGAUGAUUUGGAUUUACCUGCUGGAACAUUUCAGACUGCCAUCGCGCAAGCCAUACAUCAACAGAUUGAAGCAGCUGGAGAAGCAGCACCAGUUGAUACGGCUCUAAGUGAUCAGCGAGCACUGUUGAAGUUGAAUAUUCACGUCGGCAAUCAGUCACUUGUCGACCAGUUUGAAUGGGAUAUGAGUGAAGAAAAGAAUAACCCGGAAUGGUUUGCGUCAAAACUAGCGGCAGAAUUGGGUCUUGGAGGAGAAUUCGUUGCUGCAAUAAGCUAUUCCAUUCGAGGACAGUUAUCGUGGAACCAAAAAACCUAUGCAUACAGCGAAUCACCAUUGCCAACGGUGGAUUGCCCGUUCAGAAAUCCAUCAGAUGCUGAUGCAUGGGGUCCGUUUCUGGAAACGCUUACAGAUGCGGAAAUCGAAAAGAAGAUGCGCGACCAAGAUCGUAAUACACGUCGCAUGCGGCGUCUAGUAAAUGCAAAUCCUUAUGGUGGACUCUAA